GUGUUUUUUUUUUUUUUUUUAGUUAGAGUAAAAUUUGUAGCUGAAAGUAAGGCAUUCUACGAAGGACAUCAGCAACACUUCAUUUUUCCAUUUUAAGCAUUAAAUGCAUUAUAUUUUGACAGCUGCGGUAGAGCGAAGAACGUCGUUGCGGUUUGGAAUAGGUAAAUAGUAGAUCUGUAUAUAAUCUUACGCUAUGGAAAGGAAUGUGUUAAGUGCAUUUAUUCAAGCAUCGGAAAAAGCAGCUAAUAUAGCAAGAGCGUGUCGACAGAAUGCACAUUUAUUUGAGCUCCUUGUGCAAGAAAAGGUAGAUGACGAGAAAAACCCUAGAUUUGUACACGAUUUCAAGACUCUGGCUGACGUUCUGAUACAAGAAACGAUAAAACAUGAUAUCGGCGAACAGUUUCCGGAAUUAGCGCAGCAUAUAAAGGGAGAAGAGAGUAAUAAAUUUCAAAACACUCUGGGUGAAAGUAUAACGGUUGAAGUAAAAGCUGACAAAGAUUCUACAGCAGCGCUGUUGAGUAAGGUUCUGAAUGGGGAUACAGUGGCUGCAGGUUUGCUGGCUGAUGAAGUUCAUAAGGUGGUGCCACUGGAGGACGUGAACCUCGCCAACUCCACACUGCCUCACAAAGUUGAGCUGCCUGUCGAGCAUUUGGGUGUCUGGAUAGACCCUAUUGAUGCGACUUCUGAAUACAUCAGGGGCAAGGAGACCCCAUCGACCAUUAAUGGUUUGUACUGUGGUGGCUUGCAGUGCGUCACCGUUCUCUUGGGAGUGUUCGACAGGUCGACCGGUUGUCCAGUGAUGGGUGUUGUAAACCAGCCUUUCUUCAUUCACGAUGAUGACAGGUGGAUCGGAAGAUGUAUGUGGGGGAUAAGUCACAAUGAUACAAAUGUCAACUGCAUUCCCAAACCAGAUUUAUCACCUAAAGAAAAGGUGGUGCUGGUAGGCUCCGGCGAGUCGGAGGAGCUGCGAGAGAAGCUGCGAGCGUCGGGGGCAGUAGUGGUACGCGGUGUGGCAGGGGCGGGCCACAAACUGGUGGGUGUGGCGUUGGGGCUGGCGGACGCGUACGUGCUGACGCGGCCCACCACCUUCCUGUGGGACACUUGUGGGCCGCACGCACUGCUGCUCUCGCAGGGCGGCGGUGUCGCCAGCUGUGCCAAUCCGGGCACGCAGCUCACCUACACUGGGAGUGUUGGCACCUGCAACGAGGGUGGCAUCGUCGCGUACCGUGACCGCACCUUCCUGGAGGCUCUGCUUGACCGUGAGCUGCAGGAGUCGGUCCUGCCGCUCGACCCGCAGGCAUCUGGCGACCCACAGGCAUCUGGCGAUCCACCCCAGUGAGAGGCUAUGACGCCUCGGAAAGUACCGUCUGUCGACUGUGGACAAUUAUAUUUUUCCCGCCAUUUUAAUGUCAUUAUCCCGUAAGUGAGUGAAGUUGUCUCACAGACUGCAGUGGAGUCUGCUGUGACAGCAGAUGAAAAUUAUAUGCCUUACUACAAUUUUAACUGUUGUCUACUCCCGAAUGCAUUACGAUCCCUGGUGAUCCGGUCUGCCCCUUUGGCCCGAUCUCAUAUGCCUCACUGCUGAGUGAAAAGUGUUUUAGAGGUAGUGAACUGGAGGUGAUGCAUUUUGCAAACGUACCUGUAUGUAUAAAGAUUCGAAUUGGUGAUCUCAUAUGCCUUUUUUUUAGUGAUUUUUUUGCAAAUUGAAUAUAGCAAUUACAAAUGACCAUAACUAUUUAAUGAGUACUGAUACAUUGAUAAACAUUCCAAGAAUGUAAAAUAAAACAAAUUCGAGAAUAUUUUGCAUAAUUUAUAGGAGUUACCUUUAGUCAUACAGACAACAUUUAAGCAGUAAUCCGUUCUGAAGAAUUAGAAUUAUACAUUUGAGUUCUGGAAUGGUUUUUGGCAAAGGCACAUGUAUAAUAUCUUCAACAUAACCCAAUAAAAGGAAAUCCGUGGGUAUCACGUCUGGAGAUCUAGGUAGCCGAAAACGAAACACAGUGUCUUCGUGUCCAAUACAACUUAUCGGCAAUGGUUUGGAAGAUGUCAAUUUAAAAAUGUGUGAACUUCAACAACCAUUGGGACGCUUCAUCUUGCUGAAAUGUGGUAUCGAUAUAAGCUAUGGAAUCAGCCAUUGCUAAACCACGUCUAGGUAAAGAUAUCUCAAAAUGCAUAGUUCAGCACACAAAAAUGGACUUCACAAUGACAUCACACAGAACACAUUAGCCUCCAGUCAAUUGCACAGAUGUUCUGUUGUACAUGAAGGCUUUUCUGUACCUAUAUUCGAAUGUUGUCCCAGUUAACCCUUCCACUUAUGUGGAGGGUUGCCUCAUUGCUAAAAAUGAGAUCUACAGCAAAUGUUCCUCCCUCUAUAGCUUCCAACAUUACUAUUGCAUAAUUCUGAUGGUUAUAAUCAUUUGUAAUUACUGUAUUAUUUCUAACUGUUAUGUACAUGUUUAUAGUAAUGUCACAUCUACAUUGAGAAGGUAGUGUUACCUUGCCAGAUAAUUAAUCAGUCAGUUGUAAUGCUGAAUCCUCGUUUCUGUCCUGUCAGUUUUUUCUCUGCAAGUGGAAGAUCCUUAAGGCAGCCAAGGAAGUGCAAUAAAAAAGCGGUAUGUUUAGUACUGCAAAUAGACUCGUGUAAAAGCACAUGGCACUAUUCUAGCUUUGGAGCUCUCCUGUGUCUUGAGUGACCUUUCCUUCCUUUUUAACCUUUCCCAACCUUAUCCCUGUUUUCUCCUUGAGAAAGAAACCAAUAUUUCCAAAAGAUAGCAACAAGUAUGUUCCUUUAUGUGCAUCUGUUGGCAGUACUGCGUGUUUUGCUGCCUGAACAUUAAGUACUAGCAACGCUUCUGUCAUUAAUCUAAUUUUUAGCUUUCUCAAGUGAAUUUUAUUUUGAUACAACAAAUGAGUGAUAUUGUUUUGAUGUAAUUCAAAUGCUAGUCUUAUUUUACUGUGAAAUUUUACAAGUUAUGAUCAGAUAUUUGUCACACACAUGUAUCUGUUCUAUUGUUCGUAUAUUCAUUAAACAUG